AUGAGGCCGCUUUCAAGCGAAACAUUGGAUUUCAGGGGAAACAGUGGUACAACGUCUGUUGUUUGGUAUUGUCGCGAGUUAUCCAAUAAGUUAUCACAAAAGAUAUUCAAGUCUCGGAACUACCUGGACUUACGUUUGAGACGGUCUCACAAUAAUAUUUGUCCUUUGUGUGACGAGGUAUUUGGCAUAGACAAAGAACAACUAGUUGCCCAUGCCAGAAGACAUUUCAGGGAAGACUAUCUGACAUUGCCUCAAGUUAAAGCUCUGAGGAAGAUCACGGGGAAAUCGGCCCUUAUUUCGCCGUCAGCCAAUUCAUCAAGCUCUACUGUCGCUUCAAAUGAUCCGACUCCCGGACCAUCACGUGUGUUGGACGUGGAACCAGCCUUCCAGCAGACCUCCAGAUCAAUACACGGAAAUGCUGGGACUGAAAUAUCAAUAAAACCGACCGACGCAGAAAAGUAUUCAUUGUUGGUACUUUUCGACGGAAAACGACAACAAAUAAAUUGGAAUCUCGAAACGUAUUUAGAGAGAUGGACGAAUGUGCGCUGGUACCUAAAUGCGAAAUGCAGAAUGGUUCGGUAUGACAAUGAUGGAAAUAUUAGGGACACAGACUUUCCUUGUUUUAGAGCAAAAUCUCAGAUUCUGUUAUCCAGCGAUACGAUUCCAGCCCAAAUUGACCAAGCAUAUUUUAAAGUGAAUUCAUCGCUGGAAUCGUACUGUUCAUCUGAAAGUGGCUGGGUUCUUGAUGAAGUGUUACUUCUAGAACUUUUUAUAUUGAAAUAUAAUCCUUUAGGUGGUAACUGUGGGGACCUUGAACUGCCGCAAGAGUUAUUGAGAACUCGUGCUUUGAUAAAUGUCACCGGUAGACCAGCUAACAGCAAAACUUGUUUUUUAUAUGCAGUCAUUGCAGCCAUUCAUCAUAAAGCUGAUGAGCAUACUGGUUCCGUGCACUGGUCCGAAUUUGAGGACAAAAGACAAAUGUACCGGUUACCGGAAAGCAUGGAUCAAAAUGAAACGGUUACUGUGACAAAAAUUCCAGACUUUGAAAUAGAAAACGAGAUUUCAGUCAACGUUUUUGCGUAUGAAAACGACACGGUUUUUCCUUUGUUCGUGUCUACAAAUAAAAGUAAUAAAAUAUGA